CUCUUUUACUUUACCUCUAGAUUACACUCGAGAUUUACGGCAUGACCGCCCAGCGUGAAGUUUUGCCACACGAGGUGAAAUAUCAUAUACAUCUUAAUAAAAAAUCUGGUAUCAAAACGCCUAAAAAGAAAGGCAGUGAAAACCGUUUAGUUAUGCCUCCUGUACAAAGUCCAGCUGGGCCGAAUGUCGUGCGUACUCCUGCCUUAGUGCAGUAUGGCUUUGCUAUAUUCUCCUUACGCGAGAUACAACGCACAUCUUGGACACUAACACAGGUUCUCGGUGUUAGCCCUCUAGAAGGCGUAGUGCAUAUGAAAGCGAACUGUGAAUUAUCGGUUUUGGUCGAACAUCGCGGCUUUCUAACCAUGUUCGAAGACAUUUCUGGAUUUGGUGCCUGGCAUCGUCGCUGGUGCUAUUUAAAUGGAAGCGUACUUAAUUAUUGGAAGUAUCCCGAUGAUGAGCGCAAAAAGGCGCCUAUCGGCUCAAUUGAUCUGUACGCUUGUCGCACGCAGAAAGUAACUGUUGCACCACGUGAUAUAUGCGCACGCCUUAACACUAUGUUGCUUGAGUUUGAGAGACCGGCGAGAGAGAAUGAUGAGGAGUCGCUAAUUAUCAUUCCAAAUGGGCGGAAUACAAUCGUGCGAUACCUUCUUUCAGCUGAUACGAAAGAGGAACGGGAACUAUGGUGUGCGUAUUUCAAUAAAGUUUUACUCUUGCUGCGAGCUUGGGGAUCACCACAAUAACUAAUGAGUUUCGGAAACUCGAAAAAAACAGCUUUUUCGGUUAGGUGUUUCGGGGAGAAUUGAGAGAUACCUACAUACAUAUGUAUGUAUAUAGUUAUUUUUCAGCUUCAUCUUAUCUUUCAUUAUACCAUUCAACAUAUCAUUUUGUUUUUGAGAAAACACCUGUUUCUAAUUUCCACGGUAAUAAUGCAUUAUAAAACGUGCUGCCAAAGUCGUAUUAUACAAAAAGAGUGUGUCUCAACAGCAUUCACAUUACAAUUUCACAGUUGGCAUCCCGACACUUCGAAAAUUACAUAUAUUUACCAAAUAUUCAUAUAAUUUGAAUGUAACUAUUGGUUCAAGCAAUCAAAAUCAUACGCUGCUAUGGCUAUGGCUUCAAAGAAAUUAAUUUUGUUCGUGGCAUUAAAUAAUGAAUGCAUUUUGGUUUGUAACUAUUUGAAACUUGUAAAAAAAAAUUUUUAGUACAUACGUAUGUAUGUAUUUAUUCGUUAUUCAUAUAUGUAUGAAGUGAAUACUUCUCCUUGGAAGCGAGAGCUCGUUGAACAUUUAUUAUUAGUAUUAUCUUUUAGCUAUAGUAAGGUGUUUUCAUAUACAUAAGUAUGUAUUGUAUUAAUGCAUUGCUCGUAAAUGUAUAUACACAAUUUUAAUUGCCUAUAUUUGUAUUUUGCUAAAAUUUCACAAGUUAAUGUUUAUUUAUAAAAA